UCAUAGUAACCCCGAAGGCGAGCUUUUUAAGGCAGUGGAGGGGAGGUCUUUAUUCCGGACUCUCAAUUUUUUUUCUCCCCUUUGCGAUUCUCAAGAGAAAAGGAAAACAAACGCCUUCUUCCGAGCAGUCUAGCUAACUAAGAUGUCUACAUCACGAGAGGAAAAUGUGUAUUUGGCUAAAUUAGCUGAACAAGCUGAACGAUAUGAAGAGAUGGUUGAGUUUAUGGAAAACGUUGCCAAAACUGUUAAUGUACAGGAAUUAACAGUUGAGGAACGGAACUUGUUGUCUGUUGCUUAUAAGAAUGUGAUUGGAGCUAGGAGAGCUUCAUGGAGGAUUAUUUCAAGUAUUGAACAGAAGGAAGAAAGCCGUGGGAAUGAAGAUCAUGUUUCUAUUAUUAAAGAGUAUAGGGGAAAGAUUGAAUCUGAACUUCAUAAGAUUUGUCAAGGGAUUUUAGGGCUUUUGGAUUCCCAUCUUAUUCCUUCAUCAACUGCUGCUGAAUCUAAGGUUUUUUACCUUAAGAUGAAGGGUGAUUAUCACAGGUAUUUGGCUGAGUUUAAAUCAGGUAGUGACAGGAAAGAAGCUGCUGAGAGUACAUUGUUGGCUUAUAAGUCUGCUCAGGAUAUUGCUUUGGCUGAAUUGAGUCCCACUCACCCAAUAAGGCUUGGACUUGCUCUUAACUUCUCAGUGUUCUACUACGAAAUCCUAAACUCACCAGAUCGUGCUUGCACUCUAGCUAAGCAGGCAUUUGAUGAGGCCAUUUCUGAAUUGGAUUCCUUGGGUGAGGAAUCAUACAAGGAUAGUACAUUGAUUAUGCAACUUCUCCGAGACAAUUUGACCUUGUGGACUUCAGACAUCGGCGAGGAUGCUGACAAUGAGAUUAAGGAAGCUUCAAAACAUGAUGAGUCCAAGGGUCCAGAAUAACACUGAUGGGUUUGAAGUAAUGAAUGUUUUAGUCUAUACAAGUAGCGGUUAGGUUUUGUUUGUCUAAGAAUGGACCAACUCCUACUUGUGUUGCUAUUUAUGUUUUAUUUAGUAGUUUAGUUAUAGAUUGCUUCUUAGUCUUGUGUGCUUGUGGUUUAAUGGCAUUUCUUCUUGUGAUACAGUCAGAAGAAAAAGAAAAGAAAUGCCUCACAAUAUUUUAUGGUACUGACCAAGUUUGAAAUAUAUUUAUUUUUGCAUGUGAAAUUAUUAGCUAGCCGUUCAUACUUUUAUCA